CUUAAGUACAUGUGAAAUAAGGAGUGAUUUUGAGUAUUUUCUAUUUUUGUUGCCCGCGUAGCUCUCUCUUUACGGCAAAAGUCUCCCCCGAGUAAACUUCGUUGUACUAAGUAGACACGUUUCGUGCUGCUCAGCUUAAUAUACUACUUGAAGUAUGCGUUACGUUGCUGCUUAUUGUCUGGCUGCCCUUGGUGGUGGUUCUCCAUCAACAAAGGACAUUGAGAAAAUCCUAAGCUCAGUUGGUGUAGAUUGUGAUGCUGACGAGGCCAAGAAAGUUGUUGGAGAAUUGGAAGGCAAGAAUUUGGAAGAGCUGAUUGCAGAAGGAAUGAGUAAAUUAGGAAGUAUGCCUGCUGGCGGUGGUGGUGGCAGUGGUGCUGCUGCUGCUGGUGGCGGUGGUGCUGCAGCUGCUGGUGGUGGUGCAGCUGAAGAAAAGGAAGAGAAGGCAGAGGAGCCCGAGGAGGAAUCUGAUGAUGACAUGGGCUUCGGUCUCUUCGACUAAGUUGUUAGUGACCAUCUCAAUGCUUUCUUACAAUAAAUGCUGAAAGUUAA